AAGCUCUUCCGACACUUCUCCAUACACCAUGGGAAAGAUCAUCUUCUACGAGGACAAAAACUUCCAGGGCCGCUCUUAUGAGUGCAGCUCUGACUGUUCUGAUCUGUCCUCCUACUUCAGCCGUUGCAAUUCCAUCCGAGUGGAAAAUGGAAACUGGAUACUCUAUGAGCAACCCAACUACAAAGGUUACCAGUAUUACCUUAGGAGAGGAGAAUAUCCUGAUUUUCAACAAUGGCUUGGCUUUAAUGACUCUAUCAGAUCCUGUCAUUUAACCACUCAACACCGUGGACCUUUUAUAAUCAAGGUUUAUGAGAAAGAAGACUUCAAAGGCCAAAUGAUGGAGUUUACUGAAGAUUGCCCAUGUGUCUUUGAGAAGUUCCGUUUCCAUGACAUCCAGUCCUGCCAUGUGCUUGAUGGCCAUUGGAUGUUCUAUGAGGAGCCAAAUUACAAAGGCCGUCAGUAUUACCUGAAACCUGGAGAGUACAGGAGAUACACCAACUGGGGUGCCAUGAAUGCCAGAGUUGGAUCCUUCAGACGUGUUCAGCAUCUAUACUGAAUAAUCUAGAUGCAAUGUGUAGCAGUCCCUCAUUAAAAUUCUGCUGAACAAAAUAAAUAA